CACAAGUCUGUUUACGACAGCGAGUAUGAGCUGCUGUAUUUCUGACAAAUGAGUGAGUGUGUAGGAGCUCAUUGUCUUCAGGUGCUGUGUUCACACCUGUGCUGCUGGGACACAGAGCACCGCUGGGCACGAGGGGUCAAACACCGCAGCCCAGCGCCCAUCAGGAGAUCCAGCAGCAAACACAAGCACCUUCCGUCUUUGAGUGUUGUGGAUGUUUCUGAAUGGACUGGAUGGAGGAGAGCAGGUACAGAAAGGCCACCGGUCAGCACUGAAACUGAAGAGACUCUGAAUGAUGUUUCUCGCUGCAAACAAACAAAACACACACAGAAGAUCAAGAGGGCAGAUCUUUCAUUAGCAGAAUCCAUGAUGCCUGUAUCCAGCACAACCACAGACAAACGAAACAAAGUAAAGUUAAACACAGUGGAGGUCAGUGCUGUGAGCGGCUGCUCAGAAUUUACUAAGCAUCCGGUGUUCAUGUGGAUCCCAAACCUGCGGCAUCAGCCUCAGCAUACACACACACAGCAGUAA